GAGAGGAGAAAAAAAUAUAUAUACCUGACCGCCCCCCACACCGCUCCCCCUUCUCGCUUCCCGCCCGUCCCCUCUCCGCCCAGCGCAGCCCGCGGAAUCCCCUUCGGCUCUGCCCAGCCCGGGCUGGGGGCCCGGGGGCGGCGGCGGGUCCAGACCGGCUCCCGGGCCGAGCCGAGCCCAGCCAAGCCGCGCUGGCUUCUUUGUCUGCGGGCGGCGGCUGCCCCGGCCCCGGACCCCGGCCCCCUGGCUCGAGCUGUGAGAUGAAUCUCUAAUCGGUGGACGCCGGGCACCCGGGGCGAAGGCGGCUCGGGCUCCGCAGGUGGGAAGGGAAAUCUAUGUCCUGGGGCCAGAAAUGAAGGGCGGGAGGAUGGGCAGAAAAUCCAUCAGACAAUGAAAACCUGAAAGAGGUAGCAACCUGCCUGGAGACUGACGAUUUAAGAACAAGGCAGACGAUGCUUGCAAGCAGGAGGGGAGGUCGUCUCAUGCUUCUUUACACCAGAUGGCAGCUCUGCAGGAGGUAAGUAGGUGCACAAUUGAAAUGUAAAAGUGAUGUAGAGAUGGAGAUGCUGAUGUCAACAAACAACCUCGCUGGAGAGGAUUAUGUCAAAAAUUUGAAAGUUAAUAAAAUAACAACAACAAAAAAAGGAAAACAAACGAAGCGGACCCAGGGGUAGAAGAGGAAGAGGAAGAGAAAGGAUGUGUAGGUGUGGGCCAGCCCCACCCCACCCUGACAAGUGACCAUGGAUCCUGGAGCCGGGCCAGACUCAUCUCUGACUGUCAAUGAGCAGGUCAUCGUGAUGUCAGGCCAUGAGACAAUCCGAGUUCUGGAGGUUGGAGUGGAUGCCCAGAUCCCUGCUGAGGAGGAGGGCAAAGCACUGGAAGGUGUGGCCGCCGAGGGCUCCCAGAGCGGAGGCCCCGCCAAAGCCAGUGAAGCUGCUGGUGAAGCUGGGCCAGACAACCCAGACUCCUCCGCAGAGGCAACUGUGAAGUCACUCCCGGGGAUGCCUCCGAGCCCUGCCCCUGCCGUUGCCACCUUCAGCCAAGCCCCAUGCCAGCCUCAGGCAUCGCAGACCCUGACGCCACUGGCUGUACAAGCUGCCCCCCAGGUCUUGACUCAGGAAAACUUAGCCACAGUUCUGACAGGAGUUAUGGUUCCAGCAGGGGCAGUUACUCAACCUCUUCUUAUCCCCAUCAGUAUUGCAGGUCAAGUGGCUGGUCAGCAGGGGCUGGCCGUGUGGACAAUUCCUACAGCAACCGUGGCUGCCCUCCCAGGACUGACCGCUGCUUCUCCCACGGGGGGAAUUUUCAAGCCACCUUUAGCCGGUCUCCAAGCAGCUGCCGUGCUGAAUGCCGCUCUCCCGGCACCUGUACAAGCUGCCCCACCGGCCCAGGCCUCCUCGCCCACCCGGCCCCGACCGCCAGCCCAGCCCCAGACGCUGAUCCAGACCCAGCCGCUGCUGCAGACCACACCUGCCAUUCUACCGCAGCCCACUGCUGCCACCGCGACUGCCCCCACCCCCAAGCCAGUGGACAGCCCCCCACAGAUCGCCGUUCAGCCUGCAGGCUUCGCAUUUAGCCCAGGAAUCAUCAGUGCUGCUUCCCUCGGGGGACAGACCCAGAUCCUGGGCUCCCUCACUACAACUCCGGUCAUUGCCAGCGCCGUUCCCAGCAUGCCGGGCAUCAGCAGUCAGAUCCUCACCAGCGCUCAGGGACAGGUUAUUGGAACACUUCCGUGGGUAGUGAACUCGGCUAGCAUGGCGGCCCCAGCACCAGCCCAAAGCCUGCAGGUCCAGGCUGUGACCCCCCAGCUGUUGUUGAACGCCCAGGGCCAGGUGAUCGCAGCCCUGGCCAGCAGCCCCCUGCCUUCUCCCGUGGCUGUCCGGAAGCCAAGCACUCCUGAGUCCCCCGCUAAGAGCGAGGUGCAGCCCAUCCAGCCCCCGGCAGCCAUGCCCCAGCCAGCUGUGGUCAUCGCCAGCCCAGCCCCAGCCGCCAAGCCAGCUGCCUCUGCUCCCAUCCCGAUCACCUGCUCAGAGACCCCUACUGUCAGCCAGCUGGUGUCCAAGCCACAUACCCCGAGUCUGGAUGAGGACGGGAUCAACUUAGAAGAGAUCCGGGAGUUUGCCAAGAACUUUAAGAUCCGGCGGCUAUCCCUGGGCCUCACACAGACCCAGGUGGGUCAGGCUCUGACCGCGACGGAAGGCCCAGCCUACAGCCAGUCAGCCAUCUGCCGGUUUGAGAAGCUGGACAUCACGCCCAAGAGCGCGCAGAAGCUGAAGCCAGUGCUGGAGAAGUGGCUGAAUGAAGCCGAACUCCGGAACCAGGAAGGCCAGCAGAACCUGAUGGAGUUUGUGGGAGGCGAGCCCUCCAAGAAACGCAAGCGCCGCACCUCCUUUACCCCCCAGGCCAUAGAGGCUCUUAAUGCCUACUUCGAGAAGAACCCGCUGCCCACAGGCCAGGAGAUCACCGAGAUUGCUAAGGAGCUCAACUAUGACCGGGAGGUCGUGCGGGUCUGGUUCUGCAACCGGCGCCAGACGCUCAAGAACACCAGCAAGCUGAAUGUCUUUCAGAUCCCUUAGGGCUGAGCCCCCAGCCCUGUGUUCCAGCACUUUGUACCUUCCCUUGGCACCCGGCUGCAACCACCACCCUGCGGCAUCUGUCAUUCUGCCACGCGUGGCUGUGUUUGUCCUGGGUCGUGAGACUACACUGUGCGCCUGUGUUUCAGCCCCCUCCCCCUCCCCCCAUAUCGUCCACAUCCUGGGGAGGGCAGUGGGGCCCGCCUGAGACCUCCAGGCUUGGGGAUGGUCACGCCAAGGGAGGGGAUUUGUGGUGUCACUUGAAGAAGCACUUUGCUAAUGUGGUUUUUGGAGGGUGAAUUCUGGUUGGGAACCGGAAACUCCCCUCUCUGGGGCAGGGCUGCAGCAGCCUCUGAGGACCACUGGCCAUUAGCUCUUGUUUUCGACGGCAUUCUCUUUCCACUCUCCCUCCUCCUUUGCUCCUCUGGCAGGUAUGGCUAGUGCAGCGGAAACACAGCCUCACACACCCCCCCUCCCCAUCCCCCACCCUCUGCCUGCAGGUACACUGUCCCCUGAAAGAACCCAACACAUACAAUUCUGAAAAGGGUGAUGUGCUGCUCAGAAGGUCAGACUCCAUGUCUGCCUCGACCUCAAGGUCAGAAGGUUUCCACAGCCCUGGGGCCAGAAUAUGCGAUCUCCUCUCCCAUCUCUCCUGGGUUCCUUUGGGAGGGUGGAAAAUUGCCCUGAAGCAGAACCUUUUCUUUUGUAAAUCAUGUUGGAAGGAAGCAACAGUGAACUCUAGCUGUCCUGGAGUUGACCUGGGUCUGUAGCAGGUUGGGAACUUAGUCAAUAAAGCCAUCCUCCCAGA